AUGGUACAUUGUGCUGAAUGCAAGGUGAACUUUUCCAAAACGUCUAAUUUAAGGGCGCAUGUAAACAGAAAGCAUCCAGAAAAAAUUGAUGUAUUGGCACCAAAAGUUAAAGGUGAACAUGGAACUUUUGUAUGCGAAGAAUGUAGGGCUACAUUUGUAAAGCUUGGUAGCUUAAGGACGCAUAUACAACAAAAACAUGCAGAGAAAUUUCAAGAAUUAGUUCCUGCUAAGAAAAAAUUUCAUUGCAAACAAUGUAAUGAGGAGUUUGACAUGUUAAAAAAAUUAAUCAUGCACCGAAGAUCACAACAUGCAGUGAUCAAUAAAGAACUAAAGUGCCCAUUGUGUCCAUUUACAGGACCAACAUCAAAACAUCUAAUCAGCCAUUACCAAACAGGACAUUCCUUGACAGUUGCUAGUGAAACACUUUUCUUUCAAACAUUUGAGGAAUUUCAGGUGUGGAAAAUGGCUACUGAAAGGCAAACUUUUUCAUCAUUUGUAAAUAUGCAUGGUUUCAAGAAGGGUGUUAACUGCAAAAAAAUAAAAUAUACAUGCCAUAGAUCGGGCAAUAUCAGAACAAGGGGGCAACAUAUUAGAUCACUGAAAACACGAGGCAGUAACAAAAUCAAUGGGUAUUGCCCUGCUGAAAUGUGUGUGACACUUGAGGAUACUAAAUGUGCAGUACAGUUUUGCAAUACUCAUGUUGGACAUAAAUUAAAAGAAGAUAUGGGGCAUCUUUUUCUAUCAACUUCAGAUCGUCAACAUAUUGCAUCCAAAAUAGCUGCAAAAAUACCAUUGCAAUCUAUACUAGAUGAAGUACGGGAUUCUGUUACUAACUGUAAACUAGAGCGAACCCAUUUACUAACAAAAAAAGACCUGUACAACAUUGAAAGAGCAUUUAACCUAAACAGAUCUGCUAUCCGCCAUGCAAAUGAUGCUAUUAGCGUUGAUGCUUGGGUAAAUGAACUUAAAGUCAGUGGAUCCAUUCUAUUUUAUAAGCCGCAAGGAUGUUUAUCCAAUGAGUACCCUCAACUGAAACAAGAAGAUUUUGUGCUAAUGAUAAUGACUGAAGGACAAAAGGAAUUAUUGUUAAGGUUUGGUGACGAUUGCAUUUGUAUGGAUGGAACCCAUGGGCUAAAUGGUUAUGGAUUUGAGCUUCAUACAAUACUUGUACUUGAUGAUCUCAGAGAAGGCUAUCCAAGUGCAUUUCUAAUUUCUAGUAGGAAUGAUGCUGAACUAAUGAAAAUCUUUUUUUUACAUGUUGAAGAACAAAUUGGGAAAAAAAUUAAGCCUCGAGUCUUCAUGUCAGAUAUGGCUGAAGCCUAUUAUAAUGCUUGGCUACAAGUGAUGCAUCCUGCUGAAUUUAGACUUUAUUGCUCCUGGCAUGUAGAUAGGGCUUGGCGGAAAAAUUUAGAAAAAGUUGUCAAUAAGGAAAAAAAGAUUCUCAUUUACCAAAUGCUUAGAAUGUUGUUGCAAGAAAGAGAUAUAGAAACUUUUAAUACCUUAACGCAAAAAUUUUUGGAGUUUUGCCAAGGAAGCCCAGAAUCUGUGGAAUUUGCUAACUAUUUUCAACAACAUUAUGUAAAUAAAGCAGAACAUUGGGCAUACUGCUUUAGACUCUAUAGUGGUCUUAAUACCAACAUGCAUAUAGAGAGGAUGCAUAGGACCAUUAAGCACCUUUAUCUUAAUGGAAAAUAUGUUAAAAGAUUAGACAAAGCCAUCAGUGCCAUAUUAAAGUUUGUGCGGGACAAAAUUUUUGAAAGACUUAUUGUAGUUCAUAAGGGGAAAGUGUGCACUAAAUUAUCUGAAUUAAGGCAAAGACACAAAACAAGUGAAAUGCUGGAUAUAAGUAAAGUUGAAGCAAUUGAUGAUGGUUGGCUGGUGCCAUCAGCUUCAAGAAAUGAAAUGUAUGUUGUGCAAGAGAUACAGUCAGAAUGUACAUGCAAGCUUGAAUGUAGUGAAUGUGGUGUGUGUAUUCACCGUUAUGCAUGUACAUGUGUAGACUGUAGCAUUAAGUGGAAUAUGUGUAAACAUGUACACUUAGUGUGCAAGUUUAUACAGCAAAACUCAACAAGUAUUUGCAAAGAAGUUUUAUCAGAUAAUAUGAUUAGUGAUGUCAAUGAAGUUGACAAAGCAGAAGAAACUGCAAACCUUGUGAUGGCACUGAGCACCAAAAAAAAGGAAUCACAAAUUGUUUUUGAAGAACAAAAGAAACUUGUCCAAACUAUUCAGGAACUUAUUUUUAACACUCAAACACUGGAGGAAAUUGAGGCCAUUAAAACGAUAGUUGCUCCCAUACAACCAACUUUGGAAGCAAUUCGAAAUAAUCAAGCUCAGCGCAAAUCCUUCCCACUUCCAAUGAUUGCCCCAAGUAACAAAAAUAUCGAACCCCAGAGACGAUUAUUUAAAACUAAGAAAGCUCCGAAAACGAAGAAAACUCUCUCUGUUCCAUCAGUUGAUGAAAUGGAUACUUUAGCAAGACAAUUAAUACACCCAAAUUAA